AUGUACGUCGACAUAACGGACAAGCGGCGAAUCGCACAUCUGCGAUACGUGCUGAAGGCGGAUGUUGGCAAGGAGUUGAAAUUUGGAGUUGUCGGCUCGACGCUGGACUCGGCCACCGUCACCGCCGUAGACCCGAAGGUCAUAACGGUGCGCUUAUCCGAAGCGUUUCGCAGCCAUCAGCCGCCGCAGCAGCCGGUGGUCGACCUUGUUGUCGGCCUCCCGAGACCCAAGUCGCUGGACAAACUGCUACAGUAUGCGGCCAGCAUUGGCGUCGCGCGGAUCAAGCUUGUCUGCUCCUCGCGGGUCGAGCUGGAUUACCUCAAAUCGCACCAGCUCGAACCCGAGAGCAUCGAGCACUCACUCAUGCUCGGCAUGGAGCAGGGGGUGACCACGUUCAUGCCCGACAUCCAGCUCUUCAAAUCCAUGGGGGCGCUUCAGCGAGACCUCGGCAAGAGUCAGUACAGCCUCCGGAUCAUCGCGCACCCGGGGACGCCGGAGACGCUGGGAUCCCUGCAAAUCGUGCAGCACGAGCGCGGGCCCAUCCUGGUCGCCAUCGGCCCCGAGGGCGGCUGGCUCGAUCACGAGGUUGAUUAUUACGAAGGCUUGGGGUUCAGGAAGUUCAACAUCGGCGAGCGCAUCCUCAGGGCGGAGGUGGCCGCGGUGGCCAUCCUCUCGCAGCUGCAGCUGCUGCUGACUGACCCCACCCUGCGCCGCGGACUACCCCCGGCCACGCGGGGCUGCGAUCUCGAACCGGACCUCAAAGAGGCACGCGUCAUACCGCAUGGCAACGACUAA